CAAUAAAAAAAACCCAAAAAAAUCAAACCAAAACCCGUGCUUGCGUUUUCAAAUAGAAACAAAAUCUCUUCCAUGGCGAAGCAUCUUCUUCCAAUUACUAUUACUACUAACAACCGUGCUUUCUGAUUUUAUUAUACAAACAAACAUGUCCAUUGAAGCAACUAGGAGGUUUACCAUUUUGUCCUCUCAUCUUAACCCGACCCGCUUCAAUUCGGAUCCACACUCUUUCUCUAUCUCUGCUUCGCUGCUUUCUUCACAAACGCAACAGGAUGAUCAUUGUGUCUUUUGCAACAUCAUUCGUGGUCAAUCACCUGCUCUCAAGCUUUAUGAAGAUGACACGUGCCUAUGCAUAUUGGACACAAGUCCUGUGAGUCAUGGGCACUCUCUCAUUAUCCCAAAAUCUCAUUUCCCUUCAUUGGAUGCUACUCCUCCAUCAGUGAUAGCUGCAAUGUGUUCCAAAGUGCCCUUUAUCAGCAAUGCAAUCAUGAAGGCUACUGGCUGCAAUUCAUUCAACCUGUUGAUUAAUAAUGGAGCAGCUGCUGGCCAAGUAAUAUUUCAUACUCAUAUGCACAUAAUUCCACGUAAAGCAUUCGAUUGCUUGUGGAAUUCCGAGAGUUUGCUAAGGCAUCCCCUUAAUUUAGACGACGAGAAAGUUUCUCAGCUUGCAACUUCUAUUCAAGAACAGUUGAUGGUAUCAGACAUUUGCCAAGAAAGUAAGAAUGAAGAUUUUUGUUCAAGUAAAAGUUAAUGUGAUUAUUGAUCUGUUGUAACUUAAUAUUUUCAUUUAGAGGAAUGUUACAUGCUCAUUAUAAUUUAACAAUACCCUCAAACUCAAUAAAUGAGUGGUUAGAGCUUUCUUAACCUUUUAAUUUGGACCAUAGAAACCUCAGCUACUCAUUUGUUGAAUGUGUAUUAUUGUUGCAAAUAUUUUGUGCAUACAACAGUCAAUUAUUUGUUGAUAUGUCUUGUUUA